GAAAUUGAAAAAAAGAAGAACGAUCAGGAAAGAAAGACAAUCGGUUGGAAGGCUUCCACCUUUAAGUCUGGGCUCAGUCCAGAACUGAAGGAAUCGUUUCGUUUUUUUUCUGUCGGCGGUGGCGCGGGGAUUGUGACGAAGAACGGUACGCUUGUAUUUCCCGCAAAGGCAAUGACGAAGGAGGAGAAAGAGGUCUCACUGAUCAUGUACUCCAGUGAUCCGGAGAAGGAUUGGAGGCUGUCGCAGGGGAUGACAUCCGAGGACUGCGUGGAUCCUGCCGUUGUGGAGUGGGGGAGCGGGAGACUUUUGAUGAUGACUGCGUGUGAGGAGGGCCACCGCAAGGUGUACGAGUCGAGCGAUAUGGGGAAGACGUGGACGGAGGCGCUCGGGACGCUUUCACGCGUAUGGGGCAACACACUUGAGCGUGACGGAUCCGGCGGUCAAAGUGGCUUCAUCACCGCGACGAUUGAAGAAAGGGACGUGAUGCUCGUCACCCUGCCGGUGACUUUGAAAGACAACUUAACCGAUCAACUCCAUCUUUGGCUCACUGACGCCGCCCACAUUGUGGAUGCUGGGCCGAUAUCCAACGGAAGUAAGCAGGCGACUGGCAGUGCCCUGCUGUUUAGGGGCAAGGAGGAGUUGAUCUCCUUGCAGGAGCUGAGUUCAGUGGGAGUGAGUGGUGGUGUGGGGAUGUCUGAGGGCCUUCACCUUGCGCACCUGACGGAGCAGCUGGAGAAGAUAAAGAAAGUGGUGAAAACAUGGAAGGAAGUGGAUGCACGUGUCAAGCAGUUGUGCCUUUUGGCAGAGCCCGAUGCGGCUGCCUUUCCUGGCGCGGGCUGCAGCAACCCGGCGCCCACUGAAGGGCUGGUUGGGUAUUUGGCCGGCUCUUUUGCAGAGGGCCAAUGGAAGGACGAGUACCUCGGGGUGAACGCCACUGUAAUGAGUGGAGAACUGGCAAGCACGGAGGGGACUGGCAAUGGGGGCGUGAUUUUCAAAGGGCGUGGUUCGUGGGCUGAGUGGCCGGUGAGCAAACAGGGGCAGAAUCAGCGGUACCACUUUGCGAACUACAACUUCACUCUUAUGGCGACGGUGAUGAUCCACGCGGUGCCGGAGGCGGCCAGCAGCCCAAUUCCUCUGUUGGGUGUGAGGCUGAACGACAACACUGUGCUUUUGGGUCUGUCGUACACGAAGGAGAGGCAGUGGAGUGUGCUUUGCAGGGGCGGAGAGAGAUGCGAUCGCACCAGCACGUGGGAGCUAAAUAAAAAAUACCACGUUGCGAUCGUGCGGGAGGGCGACAGCCAGGGCUCCGUGUACGUUGACGGCCAGCGUGUGGGGAGCUCACAAGCGGCACUGCAGUGCGAAACGAAGCCGUGCACGAUCUCACACUUCUACAUUGGCAGGGACGGCGGCGUCACAGAAGAGACAGCGAGCGACGAGGGCCGUGUGACGGUGACGAACGUUCUGCUGUACAACCGCCCGUUGGGUGGCACGGAGAUUAGUGCCCUUCACAAGAGAAAAGUUUCCAUUCCAGCACCGGAAGAUGUGAAAUCACAAGGCGACGAUUCUGCUCGAGUUCAAGAAACUUCCAGUAACCAUGCGAGCGACACUUCACCCCAAACCGUGCCGGAGUCUGCGCUCUCGCCGACUCCUCACAAGGCCGUGGCCACGGAGCUGAGACCCUUGGAGAGGGAGAUUGAGACUAAAAUAGUGGCGCAACUGGAAGACAAACACGCGGAUGGAUGUGGCGGUGCGAAACAAGUGCUGCUGCCGCUGCUUCUGUUGGGCGUGUGGGUGUUUGCGGCACUGUGA